CUACCAGGCCCACAGCGUUCACGGAAUCCAGCGUCGUUCAUUUUGUUCAGGCGGACCUCCGACCGGCAGGGAUUAGAAACGUGCGAGAUCAUAUGUGUGUAAAGGGGGAAAGGGUAGCGCAAGAUGGUUCGGGAAACCAGACACCUUUGGGUGGGAAAUUUACCCGAACAUGUUCGAGAGGAGAAAAUCGUGGAGCAUUUUAAAAGGUAUGGCCGCGUCGAGAGCGUUAAAGUUCUGCGAAAGCGAGGUUCAGAGGGGGGUGUUGCAGCCUUUGUGGAUUUUGUGGAUAUCAAAAGUGCGCAGAAGGCUCACAAUGCUGUCAACAAGAUGGGAGACAGGGACCUUCGGACUGACUACAAUGAGCCUGGGUCAGUCCCGAGCGCUGUUCGGGGCCUCGAAGACAGCUCCCCCUCGAGCAGUCGAGACGUUACAGGAUUCUCUAGGGGAACAGUUGGUCCAGUGUUUGGCCCACCUGUGUCCCUUCACACCAGAGAGGGACGUUAUGAACGGAGAAUAGAUGGUAGUUCAGAAAGCCGUGAGCGUGCAUACGAUCACAGCCCAUAUGGACACCAUGAGCGGAGUGGCACUUUCGACAGACAGCGCCACUACAACGCUGACUAUUACCGUGAUCGCUCUGUGUUUGCUGCCGCUGGCCCAGGGAGCAGUGCCAUUGGGGGAAGCUUUGAGGCGUCAGACCCACAUUUUGACUCUAGAAUUCGAGACCCUUUCACUCUUACUAAUUCUACACGACGUGACCUGUACAGGGAUGACAGAGGACGGCGUGUUGAUAGAACCUAUCAUCACCGUCGGAGUCGAUCGUCUCAUUCCUCACAGUCAAGGCACCCUUCCCCACAACGGACCACAGGGCAAACCCCCAAAACUCCUCAUUCCCCUAAAAGAGCCCCUUUGUCCCCCGGGAGAGGCCCCAGAUCUCGAUCCCGCAGUAGAUCUUCAAGCUCCGAUUCUGUCAGCAGCACCAGCAGCACGGGCAGCGGCAGUGAUUCAAACAGCAGCUCAAGCGAUAGAUCUCGGGCGCGUUCUGUUCAGUCAUCCGCAGCACACGCACCUCCUCAGUCCUCCAUGGGGCUCGAUUCUGAAGAGCCACGUAGGAGCUUUGGAAUUAAAGUGCAGAACUUACCAGUGCGCUCAACAGACACAAGUUUAAAGGAUGGACUCUUCCAUGAAUUCAAGAAACAUGGAAAAGUGACCUCAGUGCAGAUCCAUGGAGCGUCAGAGGACCGCUACGGUUUGGUCUUCUUCAGACAGCAAGAAGAUCAAGAGAAGGCCCUUAGUGUCUCCAAAGGAAAGCUGUUUUUUGGCAUGCUUAUUGAAGUCACUGCCUGGAAUGGACCUGAAACGGAGAGUGAAAAUGAGUUCAGGCCCUUGGACGGGAGGAUCGAUGAGUUCCACCCAAAGGCCACAAGGACACUGUUUAUAGGAAACCUUGAGAAGACCACCAGCUAUCAACAGCUCCUGGACAUUUUCCAGCGCUUUGGUGAAAUUGUGGACAUUGACAUCAAGAAAGUAAAUGGAGUUCCCCAGUAUGCUUUUGUCCAGUAUUCUGAUAUUGCCAGUGUUUGCAAGGCCAUCAAGAAGAUGGAUGGAGAGUAUCUGGGGAGCAACAGACUAAAGCUCGGUUUUGGGAAGAGUAUGCCCACAACGUGCGUUUGGCUUGAUGGUUUGGCAACCAAUAUUACAGAGCAGUACCUCACACGGCAUUUCUGCCGCCACGGACACGUAGUUAAGGUUGUGUUUGAUAGAUUGAAAGGGAUGGCCCUCAUCUUGUACAACAACACAGAUUUUGCUCAGGCCGCUGUGAGGGAGACCAAAGGCUGGAAGAUUGGUGGCAAUAAAAUAAAGGUGGACUUUGCUAGUCAGGAGAGUCAGAUGGCGUUCUACCGAUCUAUGCAGGCAUCUGGUCAAGACAUUAGAGACUUCUAUGAAAUUCCUCCUGAACGACGAGAGGAUCGCAGACCUCCAUAUCAUGAAUUCACAGCAGAAAGGGCUUACUAUGAGAAUAUCCGAACCCCUGGUCUGUAUCCAGAGGAUGCUCGAAGAGACUAUGCUGCACGCAGCAGAGAGCGCUUUCCCGAAUUGGAACAUUAUCAGGGGGAUCACUUUGACCCACGCUAUCAUGAAGACCCGAGAGACUACCGGGACUACAGAGACCCCUUUGAACAAGACAUAAGAAAAUACACAUACAUUCAAAGGGAGCGAGAAAGAGAGCGAGAACGUUUCGAGGCCGAUCGUAGCAGAUGGAGCCCUUCCCACCCGAGGCGACCUAUCACACCCACGGUAUCGCCUUCACCGUCUGACCGUGCUCCCAGAGACUCAGAGCGACGGGUUUACAGCCAGUCCUCCGAGAGAAGUGGUAGCGUGAGCUCAGUGUCGCCGCCACAUUUUGACAAAUCUGAAAAGACCCUGCUAGAACACGCCGCGAAGAGUGAGAAGAGCAGUCAGCCGGAUCGCGUGGCAGGGGCUGAGAAAGUCAAGCGGGCGAAACGGAAAGAGAAAGGUGACAAAGACAAAGCUGAAAAGAUCAAGUCAAGGAAAGCAAAGGGGCUGUCCCCAUCCAACCCACUACCUGAAACAGAGAUUGAAACUGGUUUUGAUGGAGGGUCUGGAAGAGGGAGGGGAUCAGACCAAGAUGUGCACGAGAGACAGAAAUGUAAGGGAGACGUCGAUACUCUUACUGGAAAUCCAUUGCCAACUUCUCAUCAGGAUUCUGUGAAGAGCGAAAGAUCUGAAAUGAGUAAAGGUGAUGCUUCGGACUUGGAUGGGAGAAACCGACUCAAGAAACAUCUGAAGUCAGAGGCUGGAAAUGAGGGGAAAGAUUCAUCGGUGGAUUCAGAUCGCCUCGCCGCGAGAAAAAGGCGCUUUGCAGAUUCUGGUGGAAGGACUGUUCGUCAGAAGAGAGGCAGACAUGACGAGGAGGAUGGUACGCAGUCUUCUGACUUUGGUGUCAGUGCUACAUAUUUGAAAGAAUCAGACCUCGAGAAACACAAAGAAUCCCAGCGGAGAGAUUCAAGACUCAAAACUGAUAAAAGUGGCACUCAAAAGGAUGGUCAAGAGGACAUUAGAGGACAAAGAGAAAAAUCUGAGGGAUCUUUGGACCCGCUGGAGUCAAAACGACACCCAGGGCACGCUUCGUCCAGACGAUUUUCACAAGAGAGCAUCACAGAUCAAAGCAGCGCAAGAGAUCAAGACCACCAUGCUGCUUUCAAAUUUGGUCAGAAUACUGAACCUAACAAAAGUGCCAAGAACAAGGAAGACCAUGUUGACAUUGACCUCUCUCAGAGUUACCGAAAGCAGAUGGAGCAAAACAGACGUUUGCAUCAGCAGCAACAGCAGCGUGAGUCCGACAAACUUGACAAACCAGGAAGUCCCCAAGGAAGUGAAAUGGAGGACUUGGAGCAUCGCAGUCUUGUGCAUGAAGUUGGUAAGCCACCUGAGGACGUCACAGAUAAUUUUCCAUCUCACAAGUUAAAGAAACUCGACCAGUUUGACACAGACCCGGGGAUUAAGAGAGAGCGUGUCUACAGGAGCUUUAGACAAAAAAGUGAGGAUCCUGACUGGAACAACACCUCCUCUCCAGGACAUCAGCACUUCUCCCACCAUGCAGAUGAGGAUUUUGCGGAUGCUCCUCACAAAGAGUUGAGUAGAAAUGAUGAAAAAAUUCACCCAGAUCUGGAGCUGUUGGUCAAAAAGCCACCUAACGCACAGCUGAACAAGACAAACACGCCUUUGCUCAGUGUGGAAGAGGAGCAGCAGAAGAGAUGGGAGAUCAGAGUUAAACAAGACUUGUUGCCUGACCUGAACUUUUCUAGAAGUCUAAGUAAGAACAUUCACAAUCGCAAGCGUUUGGAAUAUGGAAUGUGGCCUGACUUGGAACCUGGGGAAGUACGAUCUGACUCUGAAGAGGACAGAGAGAACAAACCCGUCUCUCCCGUGCCCUCCACAUCCAUGCCUUUUUCUGAAAGGCCAAGGGUCGACAGGUUUUCAGACCCCAAGCUAGCACAUCUGGAAAGGAACAAAUUCUACUCCUUUGCACAGGACCAGACCAUCACACCUGACACAAAGGCUCUGCUUGAGCGGGCAAAAUCUCUCUCAUCCUCCAGAGAAGAUAACUGGUCAUUUUUAGAUUACGAUUCUCAUUUUGCAAGUUUCCGCAACAGAAAAGACACUGAAAAAGUAGAAGCAACACCACGACCUACGCCUUCCUGGUACAUGAAAAAGAAAAAGAAAAGCGGAUCUGAAGACAAACUGGAUGACAGGAAAGAGGAGCCGAAGCCCGAGGAACCGGAACGAAGGGAACUGUUUGCCUCCCGCUUCCUUCACAGCCCUGUCUUUGAGCUGGACUCUAGACGACUUCAACACUUGGAACGCAAACAUGAAGAACCUGAGCAUAACCAGCAACCUGCUCAGCAAGGGUCAGUAGACGGUGAACUGGACUCGGGGCCGGUUGUCCUCUUCCACAGUCGUUUUUUGGAACUGACACGACUCCAGCAGCAGAAGAACAAAGCUCAGCAGCCGCCAGAGGCCAAGGGAGACGCAGUGCUCACAGAUGAAACUAAAGUGGAAAAAGCCCCUGUUCAAGAGCAGCAAGUUGUACAGUUACCUGAAACCGCAGAAUCUAUCAUGGAGCCAGAAAUCAAACCCAUCAGUCCUGCUGAAGAACUGAUUCCUGAACCCCGACUCACACCUAAUCCUGUCCCCCAGCCUGUGGUCAAGGACUUCUCUCCAUCAGAAGAGAAAUGUGUUCCACUAAAUGCAGCCCCUGAUCCAAAUCCCCCGGUGGCUUUUGUAAAGGAAGAGGUAAAAGAAAUUGAACAUAUUGUGCCCAUUUACCACCCACCAACCGAGACGGCAUCAGAACCUGAACCUGCACCUGUAGCAGCAUCUGAACCUACCUAUCCAGUAAAUAGAUGUAAACUUUCUCCAUCUGAAAGGAAGGCAGAUACUGUUUCUGAGGAUGUAAAACCUCCAGUUACAGAACAGCCAGGCCGGCGGGAUUCUCACGAUGAAUUUGUUAGCAGUUCAGAGCCAGAGCUGGACUCUGAGACAACACAGCCAUCAGGGCCUGAAGUCAGCAGUCAGAUACUGCCCAGUUUUGUAGAGCAGGUGGAUGCCUUCAAAGCGAUUUCAGCUUAUAAAGAAGAGGCAGAACCCGAAGGGGAGAAGAAACUUGUGGUUAGUAAAGUGCAGAUGCCCAGUGACAAUGACACAAAUGAUGAACCAGUCUUAUCCCAGAAAGAGAAUAAAACAAAAGAAAUUAAAAACAAAAAGUGUAAACAGUUCCCUGUUCAAGUUGCUCCGGUUCCAGCAGUGUCUGCCUCUGGUUCUGAGAAACCAGCUACCCGCAAAAGUGAGCGCAUCGACAAAGAGAAGCUGAAACGUGGCUCGUCUCCGAGAUCUGAAUCAAAGUCCACAGCAAAGUCUCCCAUUCAUGGAUCAGAUCCUGACAUGUCGGAGCAGAGCAUAUCGUUAGGCAGAGCUCGGCGAAGAAAUGUUAAGUCUGUCUAUGCCACCCCUGUUGAAGAUGACGCACCAGUUCGCUCUGGAAAGGAAAUUACAGAGUCACCACGUUCUGCUCGAAAGCGAGGUACAGACAAAGAUGCAACACAGCAAAAUGCCGAGCAGGAUCCACCUGCUCCGACUCCUGUAGCUAAACGGGGACGUCCUCCAAAGAAUCGCAGACAAGGUGAGGAGAGUUCCAACGCUAAAGUAGACAAAUCUAAAAUGGACAAUAAAGACACGGAUUCAAAUGAAUCAGAAAGUGGUGAUCGAAUUCCAAGACUGUCAAAAGGGAAAACGUCUCCUCACGCCACAAAGGGUCCAUCAAAUCAGGUGUCCACAGCUGUAGCAUCUGCAUCAACUAGGAAGGGGGACAAAACUGAGGCAGCUGAUGACGACGAUCAGGAAAUGGAUUUUGCAGAUGAAGAUGCCUUGGCUUUGCAAGAUUCAUCAACUUCCUGUAAAGAUCCAUUGAUUAAAACUGACCAAAAGAAAGAGGAGAAGGACAAACAAGGCACAGAACAAGGAAAAGAGAAAGAUGUGCUCCAGGAGAAAGCUAGUGACGGGAAAUCAAAUGGGAAAGAGACGGAUUCCCUGGUCUUGGAGGAAAAAACAACCUUGGAAAAAGACAGGAUUGUUAGAGGAAAAACCAAGUCAACGAGGACUCCCAAGUCUCCUGUCCUUAAGAACCUCAAAAUCAAACUGAAUGUCACUGAGGUGAAAGAUUUCCUUCAGUUGGGUGAUGAAGAGAUCGGGAAUCAAGAAGAUUCAUCAAAAAAGUUAAGACCUGGUGACCACAGUGAUCAUGUCUCAAAGUGCACUAACGUUAACAAAGGAGGCUCCAACAAUGAAGAGAAGGAAAAUUCUGCUUUGGAAACACCAAAAAGCUUAAUUUCACAGGAGUUGGAAUUGGAACAGGCUGUAGAGAACAUUGCCAAACUUACAGAUCCGACUUUUCCAGCAGAACCACCAACACCACCUGUUCCACAUGCAGAUGUGAAAAGUGACCCAGAGGAAGAAAAACCUACCAAUCCUGCAAGUGAAACAGAACUCAUGGCUGCCAUUGACUCAAUCACAGCAGAGGAUGCGAGCGUGCCCUUAACCCCAGCACCUCCUCUGGCCGCAGAGAUCGGUUCAGAACCUGAGAUGCCAGACUUCAUUCAGCCUGUGAAGGAGGAAGAACCUGACACAAAUACGUCUGCUGUACAGGAGGAACCAGCCUUACCAAACACACAUAAGAAGGGUAUGAGGGGAAGACCAAAAACACCUAAACGUCCUAAAGCCCAAAAGCAAGUGAGAAAAGAUUUAAAGGAGGAUUUAAAAGAUGGACAUUCAGUGAGUGAGGAACUGACAGCUCCUGAUGUAAAGAUUGUGUCUGAGACGCCUCCAUCAGCAGCAACUGCUGCAGUUAUUACUCCCACUGCUUGGAAGCCAGAACCGGAGCUUUCAGCUGUAAAGGCCGCAGACGUAAACGCAGUGUCAGAGUCAUCGUCUGAAGAACAGAUUCAACAUCCCAAAUCUGUUUACCCUCAGUCUAAGAGUCCAAUUUGCCCAAAACCUCAACAGUUGCCACCUGAGUGCAUCUCCCCUUCUCUGUCCCCGCUAGCUAACAGGCCGAAUAUCAGACCCGUUCCAACAAGUAGAAUUCCGGUUUCUCCACCAGAUUGGUGCCACCAGUCUAAAGAUGCAGGCAUUUCCUCUACACCUGUCAUGCCGUUAGCAGCCAAGGAAAACCAGCCUUUGCCCUCAGACUCUGAAAACAUGGAUAUUGAUCAUGGCACAAGUGACUUGAGACAGAUUCUUAUGAAACACAAAACUAUUUCUCUGCCAGGAAGUAGUUCUGUUCCCAGUAAUCUGCCCAACCUUCGAGAUCAGAACCCAUCUGAAACUAAUGCUCAGCUCACAGCUGUUGUGCCAAAUAGGUCGCCACUCCCUGAUAGUAAAAUGCCAGCUCAUCCAGCUCCGCCUAUUGUUCGACCUCCAGCCUCACUGACGUCUCCCGAGACAAAGUCUGUUAUCUCUGUUAUUGCAUCCACACCGACCUCUGUUAUCAGCUGUGUUUGCAACCCUCCUGAGCAGGAGGACAAAGUGAACAUGAACAUUGGAAAUCCCUGUGUGGACAUGGCUCUACCCAAACCAACCUACAGGCCCAGCAAAGAUGAUAGUGGCUCAUACCACGGGCCGUCUGUUGGUGACGAGGGGGGAAGUGGGACACGCUUCAUUGUUGAGAGCCCCACUCUGGGUACUGGAUCCUGCUUAGGUCUGAGAGUAAACACAUCUGAAGGAGUGGUCGUGUUGAGUCACUCUGGCCAGAAAACAGAGGGACCUCAGAGGAUUAGUGCAAAGAUAAGUCAAAUCCCACAGGCAACAGCAGGUGAUAUGGAAUCUCAGCAGCUAGUGUCCAUGCCCCAGAUUAAACAGGAAAUGUAUGGUCACUCUCAGUCCGGACUUCAGAAGGGGCCUUCAUUGCAGACUGAUCACGGGCAUCCUGGGAAACCGCAGUCAGCUCUGUCAACUAUUAAACAAGAGAGUGCUGGAAUGGAAAAAAUGGAUUCUACUUACCAAUCUGGACCUCAAGGUGUAGUGAAGCGUCUCACGCAGGGCAACCAGCAAGUAAUGAGUUACCAUCAAGACUACAUGCCAUUAAAACAUCAAAAGAAAAUCGACAGCGCUGAUCCUCAUGGUACAGAUGGAACUAAACCACCUUGGACCUCUGCUGUAAGUCCAGCAAUAAGCCCUCAUUUGCCCUCUCCACCUGGAAACCAUGUAGGUUUUGUUACGGCACCUGGUGACAGACCUCCUUCGCAUCUCAGUGCGGUCAAACAGGAGCCAAGAUCCCCACGCAAAUCAGGCCACCCACACUCUCCAUUUACAAAAGUGUCCUCACCCAUAGGCUCCUCAUCACCCAAGGGCAUUCAAGUGAUGUUAUCCACUGGCCUUCCUGCCAUGCAACAGUUUAUAACUGGUGUGCAUCAUCCAGAGCAGUCAGUUAUCAUGCCGCCUCACAGUGUGCCUGGAGGCUUGGGACGGAUGUCUCCUCAUUGUGUCACGCAGUCACUUCAAGUGGGGCAUCUUGUCCAAGGAGAUGUACGGGUCAAUACUCCACCUCUCUCUGUGAUGAGCUACGGGAUUCAUGGUGACUCUCUUGCCUCUCCGUGGUCUGGUCCCAUGCAGCCACGGCCGACAUCACCCCAGGCUGUUGGCAGAGACAAGGUUCUCAAGGUAAACCCUGGUUCUUUGAGGGGUCAUGAGGGGGAACAGGAAGAAUCCAGACACUUCCACCAGACAGGAAGACCAUCUGCUGCCCAACUAAAACUGGAGACUCUGCAGUCAGAUCCUCGCGGGCCUUUGCGAGGUAGUGUCCAGUUGGAAACGUACAUGGCACAGAGAGACAUGCGUGUGCUCAUGCACCAACAGGGGGAGCGUUCCACCACAGACCCUCAUUCAGGACACAUUCAAGAGACUCUUCCCCCGUCCUUGUCUCCAAGAGCACAUGUUCUGCCUAAAGGUGUGUCUGAGAAGGAUCUAACAAAGUCAUUAGAAGCCAAGAGGCCACACUCUCCUCUUGCUAAGGAUGGAAUGAUGGGAAUCAGGCAAUCUGGGCCAGCAAUGGCGUCUCCCCAGAGAGUUGGGCUGAUGCCACCAGGACCUAGUGGCUCGUUUCAGGAGUACUCAGGGAUGUACUCCAACCCAAGAGGCAUCCAUUCUCAGAUACCAGAGACGACACCUGUUGGACAUGUCACGACAACUAUGGGUGCAGACCUCCAGACAAAACCAGACGGCAAGAUGACGCAGCCUGUUAAUAUGGUGCAGUUGCUCACGAAAUACCCCAUUGUGUGGCAAGGCCUGCUGGCGCUGAAGAACGACACGGCUGCAGUCCAGUUGCAUUUCGUCUGCGGCAACAAAGCUUUGGCUCAUCGAUCUCUGCCUCUACAAGAAGGAGGCGCGCUGCUGAGGAUUGUGCAGAGAAUGAGACUGGAGGCGUCGCAGCUGGAAAGCGUAGCCAGAAGAAUGACGGGAGACAGCGACUACUGCCUUCUUCUUGCUCUGCCAUGUGGGCGAGAUCAAGACGACGUCCUGAACCAAACCCAAGCUCUUAAGGCAGCGUUUAUUAACUACUUGCAGGCAAAGUUGGCUGCUGGUAUCAUCAACAUCCCCAACCCAGGUUCCAAUCAGCCUGCCUAUGUGCUACAGAUUUUCCCACCGUGCGAGUUUUCGGAGAGCCACCUAUCCCAGCUCGCCCCCGACCUCCUCAACAGGAUCUCCAGCAUCUCACCACACCUCAUGAUUGUCAUCACCUCUGUGUAACCUUCACUGCUGGGAACCGUCCCAUCCAUGGAUGUUCUCGCUGAUGCGCCUCAGGAAACCAGAGGAAUAUGAAAUUAGUUUUUUCCUGGACACAAUGGGAAUGUGUAGGAUUUACCCUAUCAACUCUUUUUGCUUUUUUUUUUCCAUCAGCCUUUUUUUUUUUUUUUUUUUCUUUGUCACUCCUGUCUGGUAUAUUUGUCCUUCUCAAAAGAACUCAGGGAUGGACCAAACCAGAAUGAGUCUUACUUGACCAUUUCUCUGCUGUAUUUCUAUUUAUUGGAGUUUUAUUUUAAUGUUCAGAGAUGCUCUGAAGAAAAAAAAAAAAAAAGAAAUCUGAAUUAGUGACCAUCUGGGUGGCCUGCUUCUUUCAUCUGUCGUUUCAUUGAUUGUCAUAUUGAUUUCCUCACAAGUGAGGAUCAUAGAAGCUGUUGUACCGCAGCGGCUUACAGGACAUUUCAUUGUGUAAUUUUAAAUAAUUCUGUACAGACUUCCUCGUCCAGGCUUUCUGUAGAGGAGGAACAGUUAACCUGUAAGACUAUGGAGACCCUGUCGAGGACCACAUUCGUUUAACAGCUCCUUUAAUUCCACCAGCUCUGCUCUUUUUUCUCACACUACUGAAGCAGUUACACCUCUGGCGCCUGCCUUUGCAUUGAACAAGCUACAGUAUAAUUUGGGAGUUUUUGAAUACAGGACUUUGUAAAUAUUUUAAAUAUUUAAACGUCAAUGGAACUUGGACAACCCGACAGAGACGUGAACUCUGGGACACACCAGAAUUCAAAGUGUGGAAAUUUAGAUGGAUCCUUAAUUUUUGGGUGUAAAUACUUGUAACACAAGAAGGUUGGCAGACUCCUGUGUUUGGAGUCUGCUGAUGGCACUUCAUAUUUUGUAACUCAAAUAAAACUCCAGAAAACAUGA